AAGACGAAGAAACAUUUUUAUUUGUCUUGAAAGUGCUUGUGGUGACUUUAUUGACAGUGACGAAGAGGAUUUCUUUGGAGACUUUGCCGGUGUUUUUUAUUAAAAGAUGGCGGUGUCGAAUGAUUCAAAACAUUUGUCUUUGAUUGAUGCUGGGAUCAGCAACAUUUGGUCAUUGUCAUUGCCGAGCUAUUUGGAGAGCCUCAACCUUCAUGGGAACCACAUCCAAAACAUCAGCAAUUUGUCUCAUCUUGUGCGGCUUGCACAUCUCGAUCUGUCGGCCAAUCAAAUCACUGUUCUUGAUGGCCUGGAAAAGCUGGAGUCGCUGAAAACGUUGAAUCUAUCCUGUAAUCUCAUCACUUCUGUGGAUGGAGUAUCUCAUUUAAGGUCACUUCAGAGACUUGAUGUGAGUUACAACCAAGUGAGGGACAUUGGUGGUUUGGCUGAGCUUGGAUUUCGGCACAGUCAGCUACAGUACGUCUCGCUGCACGGAAACAAGCUGCGCAGUGUAGCACAUGUUGUGGAUUCUUUGAGAACCGUCAAAUCAUUACGCCAUUUGGUUUUGACUCAGGAUGGAUCUGGCAAUCCUAUUUGUUCCCAUCAAGGAUAUGAGACAGAAUUGUUCUCCAAUUUACCACAGUUGGAAUCAAUUAAUGACUUAGACAGGUCAGGCAAAUUCAACUCAACGUUGGAUAAUGUGUCAUUUAUACCAGGAUUAGAAGCUUACUUGGACUUCUUACUGUCCAGUGAGAAGGAACAAUCAUCACAGGAGAGUGUGACUCCCCAGUCUCUGAUCACUCCGAAGAUUGACGCGGUGAUGGAUCAGUUCCGACAAAAGUUUCUCCAUGGAGGGGAGACCAGCUCAUCAAUGGGCCUGUCCGCCUCCAGUCCUCCCUCAGACAACGGGCAGCACACGGAGAGCAUGAGAAAGAUUCUGUCUGACCGUGAGUUCUCCAGCCAGUCUUUGAGGAAAGAGAGACCAAGGGCCAGAGUUG